AUGCUUUCUUGCUUCUCACUGACUCUCUUUGUAUCUCAGGUUGUCCGUAGUCGCCUGGAGAAGAAAGGAAUCGCAGUCCAUAACGUAAGGUUGAAUGGCUCAGCAGCUAGUCACGUUCUACAUCAAGACAGUGGCUUGGGGUACAAAGACCUAGAUCUCAUCUUUGGUGUAGAUCUGAAGACCGAAGAUGUCUUCCAGCUGGUUAAAGAUGUGGUCAUGGACUGCCUUCUUGACUUCCUCCCAGAAGGUGUCAACAAAGACAAGAUCACCCCCAUGACUCUGAAGGAGGCGUAUGUGCAGAAGCUUGUGAAGGUGUGCAACGAAACUGACCGCUGGAGCCUCAUAUCGCUCUCCAACAACAGCGGGAAGAACGUGGAACUUAAAUUCGUGGACUCUCUCAGACGGCAGUUCGAGUUCAGUGUGGAUUCCUUCCAGAUCAUCCUGGAUUCGCUUCUGCUGUUUGGGGAGUGUUCAGAGAACCCCAUGGCUGAGAACUUCCACCCCACGGUCACUGGGGAGAGCAUGUACGGCGACUUUGAGGAGGCAAUGGACCAUCUCCGGAACAGGGUGAUCGCCACAAGGAACCCAGAGGAGAUCAGAGGUGGGGGGCUUCUGAAAUACUGCAACCUCUUGGUGAGGGGGUUUAAGCCCAAAUCAGAAGUGGAUAUGAAGGCGCUACAGAGAUACAUGUGCUCCAGGUUUUUCAUAGACUUCUCUGACAUUGGUGAGCAGCAGAGGAAGCUGGAGUGCUACCUCCAGAGCCACUUUGUUGGGAUGGAGAGCAAAAGAUAUGACUAUUUGAUGACCCUCCACAGGGUGGUCAAUGAGAGCACAGUCUGCCUUAUGGGACACGAAAGGAGGCAGACCCUGAACCUCAUUGCCAUGCUGGCUGUGAGAGUCCUGACUGAGCAGAACAUCCCCACAGUCACAAACGUUACCUGCUACUACCAACCAGCUCCUUAUGUCAGUGAAAUAAACUUCAACUACUACGUCACCCACGUGCAGCCCUUCCUGCCUUGCAAUCAGUCUUACCCAACGUGGCUUCCCUGUAACUGA